CCGGUCAGGAGCGCAGCCGCCGCUGCUGCCGCUGCGUCCUCAGGCUUGCGCUCCGCCCGCUGCUACUGCCGCCGCAGCCCGCCCAGGAGCGCAGAGCCGCGGGCACUGGCCCCGCAGCCUACCCACCCUUCGGGCCGCGAGCCGGCUGUAGCCGGCAUGGGGGGUCACUAAGAGCGGGCGCUCCUUCCCUUUGGCACCUCCCCGGCCACUGGCUACUGGACCCUUGCCAGCGAACCUCGAGCACCUCUGGCCCCCAGUUCCGCGCCCGGCACGGCCCUCCGCUCUGCCCCUUCGGCUCUGAGCAUCGUGUCCCCGCCCCCCCCCCCGCCCGCGCCCGGGACACCUGAGUCCCCCGGCGGCCCCGAGGAGAGGGGCGGGGGGGGGUGGACAUGAAGCCGCUGGAGAAAUUUUUGAAGAAGCAGACAUCGCAACUGGCGGGGCGAACGGUGGCGGGAGGUCCGGGCGGAGGUCCGGGGAGCUGCGGCGGGCCUGGAGGGGGCGGGGGGCCUGGCGGGGGCGGCGGUCCAGCCGGGGGACUGCGGCCGCUGCAGCGGCGUCAGAGCGUGUCUCGCCUGCUGCUCCCAGCUUUCCUCCGGGAGCCCCCCACCGAGCCGGGGCUGGAGCCGCCCCCUGAGGAAGAAGGGGGAGAGCCGGCGGGAGUCGCGGAGGAGCUAGGCAGCGGGGGGCCCUGCUGGCUGCAGCUAGAGGAGGUGCCGGGACCCGGGCCGUUUGGGGGAGGGGGCUCCCUGCGCUCCCCUUCCUCGUACUCUUCAGAUGAGCUGUCUCCAGGCGAACCCCUGUCUUCCCCGCCCUGGGCCCCCCUGGGCGCCCCCGAGCGGCCGGAGCAUCUUCUGAACCGGGUUCUGGAGCGGCUGGCCGGAGGGGCCACCAGGGACAGCGCAGCGUCAGAUAUCCUGUUGGAUGACAUCGUCCUCACCCAUUCUCUCUUCCUCCCCACGGAGAAAUUCCUGCAGGAGCUACACCAGUACUUUGUUUGGGCAGGAGGCAUGGAGGGCCCGGAGGGGCUGGGCCGAAAGCAGGCCUGUCUAGCCAUGCUCCUUCAUUUCUUGGACACCUACCAGGGGCUGCUGCAGGAGGAAGAAGGGGCUGGCCGCAUCAUCAAGGAUCUCUACCUGCUGAUUAUGAAGGAUGAAUCCCUUUACCAGGACCUCCGAGAGGACACACUGAGGCUACACCAGCUUGUGGAAACAGCGGAGCUGAAGGUUCCAGAGGAAAGCCAGCCACCCAGCAAGCAGGUGAAGCCACUCUUCCGCCACUUCCGCCGGAUAGACUCCUGUCUACAGACUCGAGUGGCCUUCCGGGGCUCCGAUGAGAUUUUCUGCCGGGUCUACAUGCCUGACCACUCUUACGUGACCAUACGCAGCCGCCUCUCAGCGUCUGUGCAGGACAUUCUGGGCUCGGUGACAGAGAAAUUGCAGUACUCGGAGGAGCCUGCAGGGCGUGAGGAUUCCCUCAUCCUGGUAGCUGUGGCCUCCUCUGGAGAGAAGGUCCUUCUCCAGCCGACUGAAGACUGUGUCUUUACCACGCUGGGCAUCAACAGCCACCUGUUUGCCUGCACGCGGGACAGCUAUGAGGCCCUGAUGCCCCUCCCUGAGGAGAUCCAGGUCUCCCCUGGAGACACGGAGAUCCACCGAGUGGAACCUGAGGAUGUUGCCAACCACCUGACUUCUUUCCACUGGGAGCUGUUCCGAUGUGUGCACGAGCUGGAGUUCGUGGACUACGUGUUCCACGGGGAGCGCGGCCGCCGGGAGACCGCCAACCUGGAGCUGCUCCUGCAGCGCUGCAGUGAGGUCACGCACUGGGUAGCCACCGAGGUGCUGCUGUGUGAGGCCCCGGGCAAGCGCGCGCAGCUGCUCAAGAAGUUCAUCAAGAUCGCGGCCAUCUGCAAGCAGAACCAGGACUUGCUGUCCUUCUACGCCGUGGUCAUGGGGCUGGACAACGCUGCGGUCAGCCGCCUGCGGCUCACCUGGGAGAAGCUGCCAGGAAAAUUCAAGAACUUGUUCCGCAAAUUUGAGAACCUGACAGACCCCUGCAGGAACCACAAAAGUUACCGAGAAGUGAUCUCCAAGAUGAAGCCCCCUGUGAUUCCUUUCGUGCCUCUGAUCCUCAAAGAUCUGACUUUCCUGCACGAGGGGAGUAGGACCCUUGUAGAUGGUUUGGUGAAUAUUGAGAAGCUGCAUUCAGUGGCUGAAAAAGUGAGGACAAUCCGCAAAUACAGGAGCCGACCCCUUUGCCUGGACAUGGAGGCUUCACCCCAUCACCUGCAGACCAAGGCCUAUGUGCGCCAGUUCCAGGUCAUAGACAACCAGAACCUCCUCUUUGAGCUCUCCUACAAGCUAGAGGCUAACAGUCAGUGAGAACAGAAUUCUGGUUGGCCCCCCACAAGGGUCCUUGGGCACCUGACACUCAAGCACUUUGCACUAUGUCCUAACCCGUCUCUGGCACCUUUCCCCCUGGAGCAACUUCCCUCCCCACCAAAAAGAGUUGGAUGGACUUACCCCCAGACUCACAAGCCUGUUCAUCCUGCUGAAGUCCUCUCUCCCCACUCCUUCAAGCCCAAACCACACGCAGCUGAUUCCUGCCCUUGCAGGGAAGUGGGGCAGAGAGUUCCUUCCUCUGUCUCCUCUGGCCAGGGUCUGUUCUGGAGAUAGAGUUUCUAGUCUCUUCUUCUCAAGCAGGAAGGAAAGCUGCCCACCAUCCUGUCUCACAGAGCAGAAUUGUAAAAGGGAUUGGCAACCUUCCUUUCCGCCCCUGUCCAGCUUCUCUGUGGUCAGGGCUAGGACCCCUAGAAUAUUAUAUUGCUUGUGUGUGUGUAUCCCCUUUAAAGGAGCAGGAGUGCAUCUAGCAAUUGAGGGAAGUUGUUGUAUGUGUUUUGUGGGGGGGGUCCUUCUGUUUGGUGCUACCCUUGUCUGCUCUGCCCCUGGGAUGGUGCAGGGCACUUUCCCCACUGGCAUGCUCCCUGCUCUGCUCCUCCUGCUGCCCUGCAUGCCCCAAACUGCUCUCAAGGGCAAGGAGUGGCAACAGGUGGGAGAGGUUGUCCAUCAGCCCUUGUGUGGGCUCCACUCAGGCCUCUGGAAGGUCCCUGGUGGGCCCUGCUGAGAGGGUAAAAGAUGCUCAGGGAAACACAGGCCUAAGCUGCCUACAGGACCCUCCCUCUGCAUUGCAGUCAUUGGGGGUGUGGCAGUAUCAGGAGUUAGGUAGGGGUGCCUGCUGCCCACACUCCUGAUUUUAGAGUGUCCCACUGCUAAGAAGGGAGUUGUCACCCCCCUUCUGGCAUGCCUAUGGGACACCAGCAAUGUGUUCUCUAUCCUUCUCCCUGUCUUGACACCCCCUGGGGUGGGGUGGACUCCUACCUGGACAGGCAGCCCCCAGAUGAGGGGGUUAGGAGUGGCAGAGACUGUGAAAGCAGAACCGGAGCCUGGCGAUGCCUUUCUGACCCCUCUGUCUCGCCUCGCUCUCCCACCCUCCGGGGAUGAGGGCCCAGGGCUCCUGGCAGCUACUGGGCGAGGGUUUCUGACACAGCCUCGCCCUCCUCUCUGGCACCACCUCCUUCCCUUCUGAAGGGGCAGCAGCAGCUGCUGCUCCUGCUCUGAGGGUGUACAUAGUUUUUACCAAAAGCUCUGGAAUUGUAAAUUUAUUUUUUAAAACUCAAAGAGGAAGAGGCUUGUAUCAUAUGUAAACAUUGUAUCAUAGGUUAUGUUGUAUAGUCCCUUUUAUACAGUGGCCUGUCUUGUUCCUGCUGCAACAAUUGUCUCUGGACUCCCCACCCCUACCCCACAUCCACAGGCGCCCUGUGCUGCCCAUGCAUCCCUUACAGACAGUGACCAUGGCCUCUGCUCCCUCCCCUCCCUGCAACUGCUGAUGUGCCCAUCCCCCCCACAGUCACCCUUCCUCCUGAUCCUGCUCAGCAGCCUUCCCACUCCAGCUCCUGCAGCCACCUCAGACAUUGGGACCCCCUGGUCCUGUCUUGACUGCUGCCUGCCCCUAGCCUUGACAUCUGCCCUGGGUUGCCUGCUGGACUCCACCUGUGCCCCACAGCUUUAACAAAGUGAACUGUGUAUACUGUACAGGCUCAGCUGUCUUUGCAGAAACAGCUGGGUGGAGAAAAAGCCGAUAAAAUCUAUGAAUCAA